UUGCAGUUGAGGGCACAACAUAUGUAAGUAAUAUGUGCGUCUCACCGACGGGAAGAGCGAUAAACAACAGACCGACAGGAGCAACUUUAUAAGAGAAAGAUGCUGCAGGGUAUCUAUAUGAGCGCCGGCUAUUGCAGACAAUGUACAGCAUCUGUCCCCGUUUAUCCCAAGGACCGCCAGGGUCCGAAACCACGACAGCUCUUGACAUUCAGGCGUAUCUGGAAGGGGGCAACCCGGUUGUUUCUCUGCAGAGAUCAGCCAUCUUACAGCAGAUGAUGUCCUCGAGGCACAGACCGCAACCCUACCACCCUCCGUGCCCCCUCCCUCCAGAGUCAGAGAUCAAGAAAGAUGUGGUGACACACAGGUUGUCGAUCUUGGUCAAUUUGAUGGGCCACUUGGGGAUUCCAUUUUCACCGAAGCCCGGCGAUAGACCACCCUAACCCAUUUCUCUCUAGCAGUCCCGCUCUCAUUGAUCCAGAGGUGGGGCUCCACAUUCUCCCACGAUUAGCGACUGCACAGGGGGUGCUCGAACGGGAAAAAGAAGGGGCACGAGGCACCUGAUGGAUGUAUACUGCCACUUGUUGAUCUGUCACACUCACUUCACUCCCCUCAGCCCUUUGCAGAGGAAUGCUGCCCCGUUUCACUUUGCCAAAGAAAAACAUUCCUGUCUCCUGGUCAGAACCGCCGGGCAAUUGGAAAUUGGUCCAAUGGGGUCAAACCAAGGGCAUCCUGGUCGACCUGGUGAACCUGGUCAGAGUCGCAGGCUAGCCAUCCCAACCCCUGGGUACCUGCUGGCUGCUGCUGCUUCCCCCCCCCCUCUCCAGACACUCCUGGUUUGCACGGUUCGUCCCUUGCUUGACCUCGUCCAACCCUGACCCGACUGGCCUCCUCGGAGGUGAUAUCGUCUCUUCCUGAAGAACAGACAGAAAUCCUUCAUCUUCUUCUUCUCUUGCCCUUCUGCCUUCUGUUCCCCACUGCUUCUCCUUGUCGUUUGCUGCCGGCUACCAGGCUGUUUGUUUGAGGUGGUGUCGGUUGCUGUUCGUUUGGAAUAGACCCCCUUGCAGCGAUCGCUUCCAGGUUCGAGCUGGUACCGGGGAGCCAGAAGACGAAGAAAGCGGAACCGUGGACUGCCAGUUCGCCUUUUUUUCUUUUCACGAUGCGCGCUAUCUUUAAUGCUUAAUACCUUCUCCCGAUUGUCACGAUCGUCUUUGGUUCUGAUACGACAAUCGCACCGACAACAACAACCUCGCCCUUGGCCUGUCUCGACAACUGCGGCAAGAUGGAGGGAUACUUGAGCGUGCCCCCGGAUAGGGGCACGAUCAUUGGGAGGGCGUUGUGGAAGCCUCGAUAUCUGGUUGUGGGUGGCCCCCAGCGGGACCGGACGGCCGGUAUCAUGCGCGCGCCGUCCAACAGGAGCUCGGCUCCCAGGGAGCUGUUCAGAGUUCCAUCCGAAGGCAUCUAUCUGUCGAUCUACAAGUCCAAAGACGACCAAGAACCUUCACAGCAGUACUCAAUCAACAGCAUCACCGACUGUCAGGUGCAGAUGAUGGCCCAUCGUAAACAAGGACCUGUCCUCCCGACUCUGGUCAUCAACAUUAUUCCAGACCCGAUUGCGGACAAGCUGCGGAAGCGACGCUCAAGUCGUACGGCUGGCUUCACGUCCAACAAGGACACAGGACCGGCACAGCUGUUGUUCCGUACCCUGGAUGAGCAACAGCUACAGCAACAGCAGCAGCAGCAGCAGCAGCAGCCCAGACACAAUCUCCAGGACUGGUCUCGCUUCAUCCAGCAGCUCAUUCAGCCCAAUAUGCCGCCAGGCAGAGCGCCCCUGAGCCCGGUCACGCCCGCUUCGCCAACAUUUGUCAACCCUUUUACCCGUCCAAGGGAAUUAAGCGACAGCCAGAGGCCAGGCAGCGGGAAUGCUGGACCGCGACCCGGAUUCACCAGGGGCCACACGACGCACUCUGGGCGCGACCGCCCUGUGACUUUCUCGGAUUCUCCAAGUCUGCGAUCCAAGCGAAGUGAUCUUUCGUCGGCCACGAGCUCGAUUCAGACGCACCAUAUGGCUUUCCAGAAUUACACCACUAUGCUCCCGGCCGACCUCCCGUCCCCGGCCACCACCGUUGGCGAGUACCAGGGCGAGUUUAUCGAGGGGUGGACUUCGGCACAAGGGCGGUCCUCGGCUCUCAGCUCACCGGUGAGGGAACGGGGGAGUGUCAGUUCGGGCCCAACACCACUUGCGCCCAUUAUGGAUGCCGGUACAUCGCCUCCAGGGCCACGGGAAACCAUUCUGGACCGUGCUUUCCAAAUGCGGCGCAUUCCCGGCUCGGAACGUGAAGUUCCUGGCGAGGAGAAACUGACUUCAUUGGCCCGAUUUGAUGCUCUUAUGCGAGACAUGGAUGACAAAAGGAGGCAGCGAGAAGCUGAGGAUGCCAGGCGGAAGGCAGAGACAGCCGCCGCGGCUUCAGCGUCAGUUUCAGCCCUGGACGAACAAACUGGGCUGAAAAGCGCUUGGGACUUGGAUGAUGAUUCCUCGGAAUAUGACGACGAUGAUGAUGACGAUAGCGAUGGGGCAUUUGAUGAGGCGGAUUUGGACGGUGACCGGUUUUCAUCCCACCACAGUUCGGCUCAGCGGGCCUUGAAUUACAUUUCUGGACGACCAGACCUACGAGACCGACCUCACCCGCCACCAAGAACUCACUCGAUCAAGACCCCGCUUAGCUAUAACCAUGAGGCUCUAAUGGCAUUGUCAUCGAGUAGCGGUGUUCGACCCCAGACAGGCUACUCUGGCAACCGGACGAGGCCAGGCAUGUCUCAAAGAACACACUCCCAACCACAGCUGGCGACCAUCAUUGCCUCUUCUCCCUCAACGGCGCUGGCCGAGGAUUCACUGUCCAACCUCGGCCCCGGCUCGCCCCCUCCUCUGCAACGAAGCCAGACGGAAAAGCGGCAAUCCAACUCGAGCGCCAAACGCCUGAGCUUUAGCGAGUUCACCAAGAGGCUGAGCAGCACGAGCAGCUUGUUACUGGUCCAGACCAACACAAGCAACACCAGCAGCCGGGGGAGCAACGGCGAAGCGGCCGAUCCUCCCAUGCCGCAAUCACCACCUCAGAGUCUUCACCACCUCCAUCCCCGGGCUGCUCCACCAGCACCCCUGCCACCGCAGUCGCCAACUUCGAUGAGCGAGCGUGAUCGCUGCGGAUGGCGCGGCAGCGUCGGUGUCUUCGGUGCUGGCGAGGGGGGGUUUCUCUAA